GCAGUCUUUAAAGAGACGCAAAGAAACAAACCAUGAAGCUACAGCCACAAUAACGACGUGGAUUUUAAGGGUUUUUAUUCCGGUUUUUUUACGGUUUCCUUUAAACUGAACGGUCCGGGUUGCAGGAGUAAAACAACCCACCACGGUCCCGUCCACCAGAAUGAACGCGUCUCCAGGAUAAAGUGAACCAUGUCUCCUGUUGUUUACCUGUCUCUUCUGCUGGUGUGGUCGUGUCACCAGCAGGUCACCUCGGGCUCCCAUGUCCGCAGGAAGCAGCCUGUUGUUGGAUUAACCGGGCGAUCUUCUUCAAACAACACACAAACCAUGAUGUUUCAAGGCAGCAACGAUGAGUGCGACCUUGUGAUGAACCUCAGUGCUGCAGACCGAUGUGCAUUUGUGAAGAACACACUGGACUGUAACAUGGAAGAUGGCUUCAUCAACUACCUUCAUGUGGCCUUCUGUCUGCUUCCUCCCAACCUCACACCUCUCACCAUGACUCUCUGUAUCAUAUGGCUGCUCUUUCUGUUUAUCAUUCUCGGACUCACAGCGUCUAAGUUUUUCUGUCCCAACCUGUCAGCCAUCUCUACCAGUCUGCACCUCACUCACAAUGUGGCUGGUGUGACGUUUCUGGCUCUUGGUAAUGGAGCUCCUGACGUCUUCAGUGCCAUCGCAGCUUUCUCCCACCCACACACCGCUGGGCUGGCUGUCGGAGCCUUGUUUGGAGCUGGUAUAUUUGUCACCACAGUAGUUGCAGGCAGCGUGGCGCUGGUGAAGCCUUUCGCUGUGGCCUCCCGUCCAUUUCUGCGUGACGUCAUCUUCUACAUGGUGGCAGUGUUUUGGACUUUCCUCAUGUUGUACAGACGAACCACGACACUUGGAGAAAUACUGGGGUACCUAGGUCUCUAUGUGGUGUAUGUAUUGACUGUUAUUAUCAGUGCGUACAUCUACAACCGGCAGAAACAUUCGAGGACUUCCAGUGUCCGGAGCGCUGCACAUAAUCCAGAGCUUCACUCGUCCGAAUCAUCGGAUGAUGAAGACGUCCCCUGCCCGACUGGAGGGAGCAUCCAACAGGAGUAUGAGUCAGAGUACAGGCCACUUCUACCUUACUCUGAGUCCACAAGUCAGAUCCUGCUAAACUCUCUGAACCCGGUGGACAACAGGAAGUGGAGGAGGAAAUCAUGGAGCUGGAGAGUACUCAAAGUACUGAAGACACCUCUAGAGUUCCUGCUGCUGCUCUGCAUCCCUGUGGUCGACCCUGAUAAAGAAGACAGGAACUGGAGACGCCCACUGAACUGUUGUCAUCUGAUCACUGCUCCUCUGGUGUGUGUGCUCACCUUUCGGUCAGGAAUAUAUGGAAAUUAUAUCAUCCAAGGGCAGUUUCCCCUCUGGCUGCUGAUGCUUCUGCUGGGACUUUUCCUGUCUGCUAUUGUGUUCUGCACUACCACUAAUGACUCUCCUCCCAGAUAUCAUCCACUGUUUGCUCUGUUGGGCUUUGUGGUGAGUGCAGUGUUGAUCAGUGCAGCGGCCUCUGAAGUGGUCAGUCUUCUGCACAUGCUCGGCGUGGUGCUGCGUCUCAGCAACACUGUGCUGGGGCUGACUUUGUUGGCCUGGGGCAACAGCAUAGGAGACUGUUUCUCUGACAUCACCAUAGCCCGGCAGGGUUACCCACGAAUGGCCAUAUCUGCCUGCUUUGGAGGCAUCAUUUUCAACAUGCUGUUUGGAGUGGGUAUAGGAUGUCUGGUGCAGAUGGUUAGCACACACUCUGAUGUGCAGUUUGAAUCGGAGGGUUUGCUGAUGUGGGUUCUUGCAGGAUCUCUGGGUUUGUCUUUGGUCCUGUCCUUCGUCAUUGUUCCACUGUGCCGGUUCCACUUGGAUCGGCGAUAUGGGAUCUUCCUCCUCGUCUUCUACGCCAUCUUCCUUCUCAUUGCACUGCUCACGGAGUUUGGUCAGAUCCACUUUGUGUAGAUUCGAAUCUCAGGCCCGUCUGAGAUGAAGGACGUCCUCUUAUGAAGCAAAAUGACACAGUGGAACUUCACCCUCCUCUAUGCAUAAUUUUAAUACACUAUUUAUACAACAAUCAACAGCACUUUGUGCACUUGCCUUUUAGCAAAGGCCAUCCGAAACCAAGCAGGCAAAUGAAUGACGACCAGACUUUUCUGCUCAGGGAGAGCUAAAACCUUUACACUGUGCCUUCAUUCAACUUCUUCUUCUUUGUGAUGACUGGAGCUGACAUGGCACUUUGUGACGAAAUGUAUACUUUUAAACAUUGUGAAUGAACUAAAUGUACUGUAAAACAUGUUAAAAUGACCUUGUACAAAGCUGCUUCUAAAGGCAUUAAAUCAUUUUGGUAUUUGUUUUUA